UUUUGAAAGAGAAAAAAAAAAGAAACAAAUAUAAGAAUACAAUUUAAAUAAAAAAAAUGUAGUCCCAUCUCAACUCUCAACCCAACAUGCACAAUUUUGUUGUAAAUGUAGUACAAAAGGUUGACAAGGACAAUAAUAAUAAUAAUAAUAAUAAAUAAAUACAUAUACAAAAAUAGGAAGUGGUAGCAAUUUACAAGACUGUAGAGAGGGAAACAGAGAUGCUGUCUAUUUCCGUGAUUUUGAAGUUUCGAUAAACCCAAAGCAUUUUUAGAGAGAGAGAGAGAUAGAGAGAAUGGAUGUGAGGAAAAUUGUAGUAGUAGUUGAAGACGUGGAAGUGGCAAGAACAGCUCUCCAAUGGGCUCUUCACAAUCUCGUUCGCUAUGGAGACCUCAUCACUCUUCUCCAUGUCUUUCCCUCUCUUAGAUCCAGGAGCAAGACCAAGAGUCGUCUUCUCCGAUUGAAUGGCUUCCAGUUAGCUCUCUCUUUCCAGGACAUCUGCAACCAUUUUCCCUAUACCAAGGUUGAGAUUAUUGUGACAGAGGGAGACCAAGAGGGGAGGAAAAUUUCCGCCAUGGUUAGGGAGAUUGGAGCUUCUGCUAUUGUUCUUGGUCUCCAUGAUCAUAGUUUUCUCUACAAGUUGGCAUUGGCCCACAACGAUAUUACAAAAAGCUUUAGUUGCAGAGUUUUGGCUAUCAGGCAACCACCAUCCUCAGCAUCAGGGAGAAAGACAAGGGCAAGGGCCAGUACUACUGCUUCACUUGCUCUAGACAAUUCAAUUAGCAUGGAUUUUUCACAAAUCGACAUCAGUGGAGUACUACGGCUGCCUGAUCUUCCUCCGCCGAAAAUUCCUUACAGAAUCUGCCCAAGUCCUUCUGCCAUCAUCUGGAGAUCAAGAAAGUCAAGGAGAAAGUGAAAAUACAAGUCCCUGAGGAUCAAAUAUACAACAAUAUUACGACUUCCUUUACAGUCAGGUUCAGUCUCAUCCAACUUAUACCACUUAUUGGAAACAUCUUCAGCCUUAUAUAGUCUUCACCAUUUGAUGAUCAAAUUGAACAUUCAUCUAUACAAAAUUCGAUUUUACAAAGGAAUAAGGGAAUUCUGUAAUGUUGCUCAUCAUGUUUUAGCUUUUCCCUUUUUUCAUUGAAAUCACUGUAAAUUAUAAAAUUUAGUGUUCUAAUUUCCCAAUUAUCAUUUAGAGAAAAAAAAAAAAAAAAAGAGAGAGAAAGAUUUGAUAUUUGCUCAGCCUUUACUUUUUGUUUUGGUAAUCUCCAUAUUGGCAAGACCGGCUAAUAAAUUCUUUCACGCAA